AUGAAAGGUAUUUGGAAGGUGAAAAUGAAUAAUGCCUGCCAGAAGUCUGCUGGAAAGCUUCUGAAAGGCUUUCGACAGACUUUUUCUGAGUAGAAGUUGUUAGGAAGCUAUGUGGAAGGCGUUUGACCCCUUGCUGGAAAGCUUCCAAACGCCUUCCGAGGAACCGAAAGCAGAUCUUUACCUAAGCAUGAGCAAGAAGUUCUCGAGAAAAAUGAGAAAUUUCCUCCAAAACAGGCGCGAGCUGGAUCUCAAAUCUGAAAUCCUAAUUAGAGCGCGUGAAGCCCUCCAAGAGCGGGCUCAGACUUGGGCUCAUCGGCUCGCUAACCAGUGGAACUGGUGGACGUGCACAUAUGGAAGCGGAUCGAUCGACUCGACGAAGCGAUCCUAAGGGGCCGAAGCACGAGAUUAUUGCCCUGACGGCGUGGGUGGAGGCGCAGACAGUCGAAAAAGGAAUGAAUGACGCGAGAGCCCUUCGUUCACAUGACCUCUUGCUCCAAGAGCACGUCUUCUGA